AUGAAGUUGAACAUGGCAGAAGAAGAGGACUAUAUGUCUGAUUCUUUCAUUAAUGUCCAAGAAGAUAUCAGACCAGGAUUGCCCAUGCUGAGGCAAAUCCGAGAAGCCCGUCGAAAAGAAGAAAAGCAACAAGAAGCUAAUUUGAAAAAUAGGCAAAAGAGUUUAAAGGAAGAAGAACAAGAAAGACGUGACAUUGGGUUGAAGAAUGCACUAGGCUCAGAAAACAAAGGGUUUGCUUUGCUCCAAAAGAUGGGAUAUAAAAGUGGUCAGGCUCUUGGAAAGACUGGUGAUGGUAUUGUUGAACCAAUUCCUCUCAAUGUCAAAACAGGGAAAAGUGGCAUUGGUCAUGAAGCAUUAUUAAAACGGAAAGCAGAGGAAAAAUUAGAAAGUUACAGAAGAAAGAUUCACAUGAAAAAUCAAGCUGAAGCAAAAGCUGCAGAACAAUUUAGAAUGUGA